UGGGAAAUAAAUAGCAACGAACACCUAAAACCCCAUCCCCGGAACAUCAUAAACCCCUCUCUUUCUAAAUUUUUUUUUUUUAAAAAGAAAAAGUUCUCCCUCGAAACUUUCCUCAAAAAACCACCACGAGCCGAGAUCUGCUCUCUCCCAUAGGAUUGCCAAAUGAGAGGGGCCUCCUCAUUCACCUCCUCCGUCCUCUCCAGGACCCUCGCCACCGUCCACGACAGGGGAGCAGCCGCCGCCCUCCAGCCUCGUUCCCUCCGGGUAGCGCUCUUUUGCAGCAGCAGAACCAACAAUUCCUACACUCGCUUGCGUUGGUUCUCUCCGGUCCUCACCUCCUUUUCCAGAAGCUCGGCUCGAGCCGUCUCUCUUGGUCUUGCCGGCGCUGUCGCCUCCGUUGCCACCGCUGCUUCUGUCUACGCCAAGGAGCCGCCACCAGCUGAGAUCAUGCCCAAGGACGUCGUUCUUUAUCAGUAUGAGGCCUGUCCUUUUUGCAAUAAAGUUAAAGCAUUCUUGGACUACUAUGACAUACCAUACAAAGUUGUGGAAGUCAAUCCCAUUAGUAAGAAAGAAAUCAAGUGGUCUGAUUACAAGAAGGUGCCUAUACUCAUGGUCAAUGGUGAACAGCUGGUGGACUCAUCAGCUAUUAUUGACAAAUUGAGUGAAAAAGUCCUUCCAAAGAAAAUGAUUAAUUCAGGUGCUAAUGAAGAUGAAGAGACAAAGUGGCGAAGGUGGGUUGACAACCACUUGGUGCAUGUCUUAUCUCCAAACAUAUACCGCAACAUUUCUGAGGCUCUUGAGUCUUUUGACUACAUCACUAGCAAUGGUAAUUUUAGCUUCACUGAGAAGAUAACAGUGAAAUAUGCUGGAGCUGCUGCUAUGUAUUUUGUAUCCAAGAAUCUAAAGAAGAAAUAUAACAUCACUGAUGAACGUGCUGCCUUAUAUGAAGCAGCAGAAACAUGGGUGGAUGCUCUAAAUGGUCGGAAUUUUCUUGGGGGAUCUAAGCCUAAUCUAGCUGACCUUGCCGUCUUUGGGGUGCUAAGACCCAUCCGUUACCUGAGGUCUGGUAGAGAUAUGGUGGAACACACUCGAAUUGGAGAGUGGUACUCUAGAAUGGAGGAAGUGGUUGGAGAGUCAUCAAGGAUCAAGGCUUAAGACCAUGCACUCUCAGCAGCAUCUGGAGCCAACAAUUUAUAUAUCUUCCAUAGAAACCAAAAACAGUUUCGGUUCUUAAAACAAUUUUUGCGAUCAGGUGAUGAAUGUUCACAAAGUUUUUUGGGUAAUUCCACAAACUUGUAAUUCAUUGAAUGUUGCAAAUUGUCGAUUGUAGAUUUUAUAAGCAGUCCUAAACAAGUUUUAUGGCUUGGAGGGGAGUAAGAAUCUUAAAGCUGACAUUUCUUUGUUUGGUAGAGAGUAAUGGAGACAGAAGGGGAGAGAGAUUUUGUUGGGUGGCCAUUGAAAACUGUUUGGAGAAGCAAUAAAAUUGAAGGUAGGGUUUUCUUUCCA